UGUAUCGGAGUCGGUGAAAACUGGUCGACUUGGCGUAAGUGGUAGGAGAAGACAUCGCCGCCGCCGGCUUCCAUGGGAGAUGAGACGAUUGGCCGUCUGUUCCGGAUCCGGCGGACGGUGAUGCAGAUGUUGAGGGAUCGGGGCUACCUGGUGGUGGACUUCGAGAUCAACAUGACCAAGCUCGACUUCCUCCACAAGUUCGGGGAGGGCGUCAAGCGCGAGGAUCUCCUCAUCAACAAGUCCAGGAAGAAUGACCCCACUGACCAGAUAUAUGUUUUCUUUCCAAAUGAUGAGAAGGUUGGUAUGAAGCACAUUAAAAAGUAUGUUGAAUUAAUGAAAGCAGAGAGUGUGCCAAGAGCAAUAUUAGUUCUUCAGCAAAAUCUGACUCCAUUUGCAAAAUCAUAUCUUCAAGAGCUAUCACCGAAGUAUCAUCUGGAGGUUUUUCAGGAGGCUGAGCUGCUGGUGAACAUUAAAGACCAUGUGCUUGUUGCAGAGCAUCAGAUGCUUACUAACGAGGAAAAAAAGACUUUAUUAGAGCGUUAUACUCUAAAAGAAACUCAGGGAUGUAGGGAGCAGUAUAUUUCAGUUAAAUAUCCCCAUUCUUGGAAUGGUUCUCUUACAUGGCCUGUGUGUUUUCCUGGGUUAAAACGAUGUGUCACUCAGCUUCCUCGUAUUCAAGUUACUGACCCCAUUGCAAGAUACUAUGGUCUUAAGCGCGGACAAGUCGUUAAGAUCAUUCGCCCCAGUGAAACUGCAGGGAGAUAUGUUACCUACAGAUACGUCGUGUAGCUGCACCAGAGAUUGCCUAUGUUGUAAGGCAAACGAUUUCAAUAGUUUGAUUAAGGUCUUACCCACCAAAUGAACUUACUAGCAAACCAUAAAUGCUACAUUGUUAAUGUUGUAUUUUUACUGAAUAAACAAAUAAAUAAAAGCCUUGUGUGACUGUGUGGAAAAUAUUUAUUAAAUGCUUUUACUGUGA